AUGAAAGCCAUGCCUUGGAACUGGACUUGCUUUCUCUCCCAUCUCCUGAUGGUAGGGAUGGGCUCCUCCACUCUGCUCCCCCGGCAGCCAUCCCCACCAUCCCCAAAGCGGUCUUUUGUCACGUUCCGUGGGGAGCCAGCCGAGGGUUUCAACCACUUGGUGGUGGAUGAGAGGACAGGGCACAUUUACUUGGGGGCCGUCAACCGGAUCUACAAGCUCUCCAGUGACCUGAAGGUCUUGGUGACCCACCAGACAGGGCCGGACGAGGACAACCCCAAGUGUUACCCACCACGCAUCGUCCAGACAUGCAACGAGCCCCUGACCACCACCAACAAUGUCAACAAGAUGCUCCUGAUAGACUACAAAGAGAACAGGCUCAUUGCCUGUGGGAGCCUGUACCAAGGCAUCUGCAAGCUUCUCAGGCUUGAGGAUCUCUUCAAGCUGGGCGAGCCUUUCCACAAGAAGGAGCACUACCUGUCGGGAGUCAACGAGAGCGGCUCCGUCUUUGGAGUGAUCGUCUCCUACAGCAACUUGGACGACAAGCUCUUCAUCGCCACUGCAGUGGAUGGGAAGCCAGAGUACUUCCCUACCAUCUCCAGCCGGAAGCUGACCAAGAACUCCGAGGCAGACAGCAUGUUUGCUUAUGUCUUCCAUGAUGAGUUUGUGGCCUCGAUGAUUAAGAUUCCUUCGGACACCUUCACCGUCAUCCCCGACUUUGACAUCUACUAUGUCUAUGGCUUCAGCAGCGGCAAUUUUGUCUACUUUUUGACCCUUCAGCCUGAGAUGGUGUCUCCGCCAGGCUCCACCACAAAGGAACAGGUCUAUACCUCCAAGCUCGUGAGGCUCUGCAAGGAGGACACGGCCUUCAACUCCUAUGUGGAGGUGCCCAUUGGCUGUGAGCGCAGCGGGGUCGAGUACCGCCUGUUGCAGGCUGCCUACCUGUCGAAAGCUGGUGCUGUGCUCGCCCGGACCCUUGGAGUUCGUCCAGAGGAUGACCUCCUUUUCACUGUCUUCUCCAAGGGCCAAAAGCGGAAAAUGAAAUCCCUGGAUGAGUCGGCCCUGUGCAUCUUCAUCUUGAAGCAGAUCAACGAUCGCAUUAAGGAGCGACUGCAGUCCUGCUAUCGGGGGGAGGGUACGCUGGACCUAGCCUGGCUCAAGGUGAAGGAUAUUCCCUGCAGCAGCGCGCUCUUAACCAUCGAUGAUAAUUUCUGUGGCCUGGAUAUGAAUGCCCCCCUGGGCGUGUCUGAGAUGGUGCGCGGCAUUCCCGUCUUCACAGAGGACAGGGAUCGCAUGACUUCUGUCAUCGCAUACGUCUACAAGAAUCACUCUCUGGCCUUCGUGGGCACCAAAAGUGGCAAGCUGAAGAAGAUCCGGGUGGAUGGGCCCAGGGGCAAUGCCCUCCAGUAUGAGACGGUGCAGGUGGUAGAGCCUGGCCCAGUCCUCCGGGAUAUGGCCUUCUCCAAGGACCACGAGCAACUCUACAUCAUGUCAGAAAGGCAGCUCACCAGAGUCCCCGUGGAGUCCUGCGGUCAGUAUCAGAGCUGCAGCGAGUGCCUUGGCUCCGGCGACCCCCACUGCGGCUGGUGUGUGCUCCACAACACGUGCACCCGGAAGGAGCGCUGUGAGCGGUCCAGAGAGCCCCGCAGGUUUGCCUCUGAGAUGAAGCAAUGUGUCCGGCUGACUGUCCAUCCCAGCAACAUCUCUGUUUCCCAGUACAAUGUCCUGCUGGUCCUAGAGACAUACAAUGUCCCGGAGCUGUCAGCCGGCGUCAACUGCACCUUUGAGGACCUGUCAGAGAUGGAUGGGCUGGUGGUAGGCAAUCAGAUCCAGUGCUACUCCCCAGCAGCCAAGGAGGUGCCCCAGAUAAUCACCGAGAAUGGGGACCAUCAUGUCGUCCAGCUGCAGCUCAAGUCGAAGGAGACAGGCAUGACCUUUGCCAGCACCAGCUUUGUCUUUUACAACUGCAGUGUCCACAAUUCGUGCCUGUCCUGCGUUGAGAGCCCAUACCGAUGCCACUGGUGCAAAUACCGGCACGUCUGUACCCAUGACCCCAAGUCUUGCUCCUUCCAGGAAGGCCGAGUGAAGCUGCCCGAGGACUGCCCCCAGCUGCUGCGAGUGGACAAGAUCCUGGUACCCGUGGAGGUGAUCAAGCCCAUCACCCUGAAGGCCAAGAACCUCCCCCAGCCGCAGUCCGGGCAGCGCGGGUACGAAUGCAUUCUCAGCAUCCAGGGCACGGAGCAGAGGGUGCCCGCCCUGCGCUUCAACAGCUCCAGCGUGCAAUGCCAGAACACCUCUUAUUCGUAUGAAGGGAUGGAGAUCAACAAUCUGCCGGUGGAGUUGACGGUUGUGUGGAACGGGCAUUUCAACAUUGACAACCCAGCUCAGAACAAAGUUCACCUCUAUAAGUGCGGAGCCAUGCGGGAGAGCUGUGGGCUGUGCCUCAAGGCGGACCCGGACUUCCAGUGUGGCUGGUGCCAGGGCCAGGGCCAGUGUACCCUGCGGCAGCACUGCCCCGUGCAUGAGAGCCAGUGGCUGGAGCUGUCAGGCGCCAACAGCAGGUGCACCAACCCCCGCAUCACAGAGAUAAUCCCAGUGACAGGUCCCCGGGAAGGGGGCACCAAGGUCACCAUCCGAGGGGAGAACCUGGGCCUGGAAUUCCGGGACAUCGCCUCCUACGUCAAGGUGGCCGGUGUGGAGUGCAGCCCUUUGGUGGAUGGCUACAUCCCUGCAGAACAGAUCGUGUGCGAGAUGGGGGAGGCCAAGCCCAGCCAGCACGCAGGCUUUGUGGAGAUCUGUGUGGCCGUGUGUCGGCCCGAGUUCAUGGCCCGGUCCUCACAACUCUAUUACUUCAUGACGCUGACUCUCUCGGACCUGAAGCCCAGGCGGGGGCCCAUGUCCGGGGGCACCCAAGUGACCAUCACGGGCACCAACCUGAACGCAGGCAGCAACGUGGUGGUGAUGUUUGGGAAGCAGCCCUGCCUCUUCCACAGACGCUCUCCGUCCUACAUCGUCUGCAACACCACAUCCUCAGAUGAGGUGCUGGAAAUGAAGGUGAUGGUGCAAGUGGACAAGGCCAGUAUCCACCAGGACCUGUUCUUCCAGUACAUGGAGGACCCCACCAUCGUGCGCAUCGAGCCAGAGUGGAGCAUAGUCAGUGGAAACACACCCAUCGCCGUGUGGGGGACUCACCUGGACCUCAUACAGAAUCCCCAGAUCCGUGCCAAGCAUGGAGGGAAGGAGCACAUCAAUCUCUGUGAGGUUCUGAAUGCUACUGAGAUGACCUGCCAGGCUCCGGCUCUCGCUCUGGGGCCCGACCACCAGUCUGACCUGACCGAGAGGCCUGAGGAGUUUGGCUUCAUCCUGGACAACGUCCAGUCCCUGCUAAUCCUCAACAAGACCAACUUCACCUAUUAUCCCAACCCUGUGUUUGAGGCCUUUGGGCCCUCAGGAAUCCUGGAGCUCAAGCCUGGCACUCCCAUCAUCCUGAAGGGCAAGAACCUGAUCCCCCCCGUAGCCGGGGGCAAUGUGAAGCUGAACUACACUGUGCUGGUGGGGGAGAAACCAUGCACUGUGACGGUGUCCGACGUGCAGCUGCUCUGCGAGUCCCCCAACCUCAUCGGCAGGCACAAAGUGAUGGCUCGCGUCGGUGGCAUGGAGUACUCCCCGGGGAUGGUGUACGUCGCCCCAGACAGCCCGCUCAGCCUGCCUGCCAUCGUCAGCAUCGCCGUGGCCGGCGGCCUCCUGGUCAUCUUCAUUGUCGCCGUCCUCAUCGCCUACAAACGCAAGUCCCGCGAAAGUGACCUCACGCUGAAGCGGCUGCAGAUGCAAAUGGACAACCUGGAGUCACGCGUGGCGCUCGAGUGCAAAGAAGCUUUUGCCGAGCUGCAGACGGACAUCCACGAGCUGACCAGUGACCUGGAUGGAGCUGGGAUCCCCUUCCUGGACUACAGAACCUACACCAUGCGAGUGCUGUUCCCUGGAAUUGAAGACCACCCAGUGCUCCGGGACCUCGAGGUUCCGGGCUACCGGCAGGAGCGCGUGGAGAAGGGCCUGAAGCUCUUUGCCCAGCUCAUCAACAACAAGGUGUUCCUGCUGUCCUUCAUCCGCACCCUGGAGUCUCAACGCAGCUUCUCCAUGCGCGACCGUGGCAACGUGGCCUCGCUCAUCAUGACCGUGCUGCAGAGCAAACUGGAGUACGCCACCGACGUGCUGAAGCAGCUGCUGGCCGACCUCAUCGACAAGAACCUGGAGAGCAAGAACCACCCCAAGCUGCUGCUCAGGAGGACUGAGUCAGUGGCCGAGAAGAUGCUGACCAACUGGUUCACCUUCCUGCUCUACAAGUUCCUCAAGGAGUGUGCUGGGGAGCCCCUGUUCUCGCUCUUCUGUGCCAUCAAGCAGCAGAUGGAGAAGGGGCCCAUCGACGCCAUCACGGGAGAGGCCCGUUACUCUCUGAGCGAGGACAAGCUCAUCCGCCAGCAGAUCGACUACAAAACCCUGGUCCUGAGCUGUGUCAACCCAGACAAUGCCAACAGCCCCGAGGUCCCAGUGAAGAUCCUCAACUGCGACACCAUUACUCAGGUCAAGGAGAAGAUUCUGGACGCCAUCUUUAAGAAUGUUCCCUGCUCCCACCGGCCCAAGGCUGCAGAUAUGGACCUGGAGUGGCGACAAGGAAGCGGGGCGAGGAUGAUCUUGCAGGAUGAAGACAUCACCACCAAAAUUGAGAAUGACUGGAAGAGACUGAACACCCUGGCCCAUUACCAGGUGCCAGAUGGUUCUGUGGUGGCUUUGGUGUCCAAGCAGGUGACAGCCUACAAUGCAGUGAACAACUCCACAGUCUCCAGGACCUCGGCGAGUAAAUAUGAAAACAUGAUCCGGUACACGGGCAGCCCCGACAGCCUCCGCUCGCGCACACCCAUGAUCACCCCCGACCUGGAGAGCGGAGUCAAGACGUGGCAUCUGGUCAAGAACCACGAGCACGGGGACCAGAAGGAGGGUGACCGGGGGAGCAAGAUGGUGUCUGAGAUCUACCUGACACGCCUCCUGGCCACGAAGGGCACCCUGCAGAAGUUUGUGGACGACCUCUUCGAGACCAUCUUCAGCACGGCACACCGGGGCUCCGCCCUGCCCCUGGCCAUCAAGUACAUGUUCGACUUCCUGGACGAGCAGGCGGACAAGCACGGCAUUCACGACCCCCACGUCCGCCACACCUGGAAGAGCAACUGCCUGCCCCUGCGGUUUUGGGUCAACAUGAUCAAGAACCCCCAGUUUGUGUUUGACAUCCAUAAGAACAGCAUCACGGACGCCUGCCUGUCCGUGGUGGCCCAGACCUUCAUGGACUCCUGCUCCACAUCAGAGCACCGGCUGGGCAAGGACUCCCCCUCCAACAAGCUGCUCUACGCCAAGGACAUCCCCAGCUACAAGAACUGGGUAGAAAGGUAUUACUCAGACAUCGGGAAGAUGCCGGCCAUCAGUGACCAGGACAUGAACGCGUACCUGGCUGAGCAGUCCCGGAUGCACAUGAAUGAGUUCAACGCCAUGAGCGCGCUCUCGGAGAUCUUCUCCUACGUGGGCAAGUACAGCGAGGAGAUCCUCGGACCUCUGGACCAUGACGACCAGUGCGGAAAGCAGAAACUGGCCUACAAACUAGAACAAGUCAUAACCCUCAUGAGCUUAGACAGCUGAGAACCGUCCUUCCAGGGCCCCUGGGGGGAGGGACACACCAAGCCGUGCCUCAGUCUAGAUUAUCAUCUUUACCAAGUGCAAGUUCCAACUGGCAUCAGCAGCAUCCCCUGAGCAGCGCUGUCUCUCUCUCCGCCUCUUUCUGUCUCUCCCUCCUCCCUGCGUCCCUUCUCUCUCUGUGGCUCUGCCAACACGAUGGAACCAGGCCACCGCCCCUCAGUUAGUCCAGGAUGGCCAGGCUCACGCGGGGA